AUGACAUCUGUGCACGGCAGACGUAUCUUGACUCCUCACAGACGGAGGCCUGCCUCUCAGCAGACCUCUACCCACCCGCUCAUUUCACUCGUCAACUUGGACCAUGCCUCGUACACGCCCUCGCCAGCUACACCCGAGCUGGAAUGGGUUGAAACCCCGCCAGCCACAGAGGAUCCUCAGACCCCGGGUCAUCACCCCGAGCUCGACGACGGUGUACUUUCGCCGCAUUCUCCUCUUGCAGUUCGUAAUACUGAUCUCGAGAGACAUGAUAUCCAUGUGCUCGACCUCUCCCAGCUCGACUCGGAUGUGCCGAAGCAGAUCUUAUCGAAACAGUUGAGCGAGACCAGUCCAAGCAGACGCCUAUUCCAAACCGAGCUUUCGAACGCGUCUCUGUCCGUCCCUUCUUGGCGACGACCAUCUCCUCCAAGCGGCAAUGCACCUGUUGCUCCUGGCUCUAUUCUCAAAUCCGAAGCGGAGGAAGUGAAGCCUUUAAGAACAGCUCUACCAGCCUCAGGCCCACGGCCGAGCUCAACCCAGUCCUGCGAUGGUACCAUUGGCACACAUGCUGCUGCUGGCAGAAUCCCUGCUGUUGCGAAUAGCAUCAAGACAGAGAAUGCUUUGGUUUCAUCCGAGGGGACGGUUGUCGCUACAUCCAAGGCCGAACCCCCUGCUAUCAACUCCACAACGACACCGUCUCCGUGCUCGUCCAGGAAAAAACCCCUAACUCUCUCUGUCGCAUGGGAAUUAAACGCGAAACUGUCCAAGAUCCUGCCUUUCGAAGCAGUAGAAAGAUUCCAGGCCGAUCGCCGGAGAUGUAUUGCAACGACGCAAGCAGGCUCAAGAUGCCAAAACUCGACUACUCGGACGUCAAAGGGGGAUUUUGUCGCCGAAUUGUCCGAGGCCCUCUUAUCGCUCCAACGCUCGUUUGAUUUUGCAGCCUUCGCGAAGCACAUGGCACCACAGAUCGAAAGUGUCAUGUGUAAGCGAUGGCAUAGGACGCAAUCUCUUGCUCGUUUGGACGAGCUGUCCUCCUACUCCUGGAAGCCGCAGGAGAUGGUCACAUCUAACGCACACCGAAACACAGCCAUUGCAAACAGCGUUGAAGCCGUGUUCAAACUCUGGAGCUCGGCUUUAGUAAGCCUUCCACCACCACGGGGCAACGCCGCAGAACCACCAGCACAGGGAGACGUCGACCGUGUGCAAGGCACGCGCCGCUCAACGUUUGACUUCUCCAGGGCCACCGCCGAGGGGGAUCAUGUGGCCCGUCACCAGGCGCGCCCGAAAGCAGCCACGGCAGCGUCGAGGGCGGGACCUAGUCAAGCCACUACUGGCACGAGGAAACCUGAGAGUGCCGCACCUGCACAGGUAAUGGUCCGCUCCAAGACGGCCCAUGUGUCGACUCACCUGAACCACCGAUUCGUGAAAUAUAUACCCUUCGGGAAGAACAAGGACCUCACCCCUGAGCAACUGAUCCGACAGAUUCUCCCGAUGCCGCUGACUCCGGCCGACAUGCACCGCACGGGCUUUAUCUACAUCUACUGGCACCCGCCGAACAUGGGGUACGUCAAGAUCGGCUACUCCACGAACGUGGAGAAGCGGCUCGCGGACUGGAAACGGCAAUGUCGCUUCGACCUCGCGGAGCACAAAACCGAAGAAUCCGCCGCCCGGGUGCGGAUCUGCCACUUACAUCGCGUCGAGGCGCUGAUCCACGCCGAAUUGAAGGAAUACCGUCUGCUGGAACCGUCCUGCACGGGCUGUGGGAGGAGCCACAAGGAGUGGUUCCACGUCCACCCGAACCAUGCGCAGCGCGUGCGCGCGAAAUGGACGAGUCGUUCGUUCUACUCCGGCGGGCUCUUGGACGACGGCCUCCGCGACGAGGAUAUUGAUAAGCUGUGCGAAUUGACCGAGGCGGAACCAUUGCCGCCGUUGUCUCGGUCGUCGAUGCAGAAGACCACGAAAGCCAAGGUCAACGUGAAGAUCUCGAGGUGGAGCAGCAACAGUGGUGCUGGUGGUGGUGGGCGUCGUGAAGUCAGGGGACGUCGUUGA